AAGCACCCGGCCCCAAGAGAGAGAAAGAACACCAACACCAAGAGGAAGGAGAAGGAGAAGGAGAAGGAGAAGUGAGGUGAGGAGUAGUUCAACUCCCCCCGCUCUACUCCUGACGUCCCCCUCCGCCUCCCGCUUCCUCCCCGCCAAGCAACAGGGGGCGGCCGGGGCAGGGAGGGAGGAAGGAAGGAGGCCAAAACCCCAAGCAAGUCGCCGCCUUUCCUUUUUUCUUGCCUUGCACAGCGCCGCUCUCUCCUCGUCCUCGUCCGCCGGCGAGAUCUCACCGGUUACGAGAAGCGGGAGGCGUGGGUUUUUCUUUGAUUUGAUCUGCGGCUGCUGCGGCCUGCGUCGGUGGUGGUGGUGGCCGCCCGCCAUGGCGGCGCCGGGAGGGCUCGAGCAGUGGCAGAAGGACGGCUUCUUCCAGGCCGCCGAGGAGGUGCAGGAGUCGGCGGACUUAAUGGAAUCUAUCUAUAGAACCUGGAUUCGUGAGCGCAACAAUGGAGCAAAUCUUGAGGAGGUGAACGAUUUGCAAAGGGAGUUGAAGACAGCAUUAGGGACUGCAAAAUGGCAGUUGGAGCAGUUUGAGAGAGCUGUAAACAUGAGCAAUGAUAAGUAUUCUUUGGAAGAGGGUACGGUGGCCAGGCGUCGGCAGUUUGUUGUAGCAAUGGAGGACCAGAUUUCUCAAGUAGAGAAAGCAAUAAAUGAUUAUUCAAUUAACAGUGACAGGCAAGGGCUCAACUGGGUAAAGCUAGAUGAUGAGGAACGAGACGAUCUUGUUGCUUUUCUUUCAGCACCUGCACAAUUUUCUCAAGAAACAAAGAAACGAGAAAGUACAUAUCAUAGUCCAUCCAAACAAAAGAGUGCGUUGAUUGGUGUGGAUGAUUCCAGGGACAUGAUGGCAAUGAGUAAAGGCCGACAUAACACUGAAGUAUCAUCCAGAGAAAUUUUUAAUGCUCAGAGUGAAGCUUGCGCUGAGCAGCUUAAUGCUCACAGUACAAACCUGAGUUCAGAUGAUCAUUGGAAGAUCAAUAUUGCUGACGAUAAAGACAAUGAUAGAAAAUUAUCUCCAAAUAAGGUUGAGGCUUCAAGUCAGGCUACUACAUUUUCUGGUAUCAUGAAAACCACCGAGUCUUUCACAAGAAUAAGAUGGUUGAGGAAUAGCUUGUGGAAAGCCAAGAGCAAUGAACAUCUUCCAUUAAGAUAUGAUAUGCCAAAUCACUUAGACUGGAGGGUUAUGACUUUAUUAGCACAGAGGUUUAAUGGGCUAACUGAAAGAAGUAGGAGUUGUUUCAGUGGUUGGAAAGAAAACUCGAGGGUAUCUGGAAGGAUGGGUGGGCUUCAUAUACAAGGCCAGCAACACACCACUCAGUUUGGUCGUUCCAUUCGAAUCACCCUUUUACUGGUGUUGAGUAUCUUUCUGAUUGUGCCAUUUCUCGUGUAUUCUGCUUGAAAAUGCUAACAUUGGUGACUGCUGGUGAAGAAAGCACCCAUUACUGUACUGCAGACCAUGGUUGGUGUCAUUCAUAUGCUGAGACAAGGUGAGCAGGUAAUUGCAGAUGGAGCUGUACAUAGGAGAGGAAAAAGAAACAAAAUGGGAAUGCCUUCAUUUGUGUAUGAAAAAUUCUAAGGUCAGAAACUUGAUGUCACCAGCAGAAAAUCAUCCUGAGAUGGAUCCAAGUCAUGGUUAUUUGGAAUCUGUUGUGAUGGAUGGAUUCCUGUCAGUUUCUCCUUGAUGCUGUACACCAAGGCAAUUGUAAAAAAAAAAUGUAGAGCUGUGCCUGUUAGAAAAUGCUGCAAUGGAUUUAUAUAAGCAUUCUGAAUGAUUUAUACGAUUUGUGGAACUGAACAGUUUCGAUGAAAUGAACUGUUUGGAUCAUAUGAAUGAUUUCCGUACCA